CCGCUCGUCGUGUUCGAGUAAACCGUGACAAACAUAAUUCUCGUGUUAUCGUGAAUGUUGAGAUCGAGAACGCGACGUACACGCACCGAACCUUGGAUAGAACCCGACAACUGGAAAACUGUAGAAUGAUCUAGACUUGACAUAAAGAUGCUCGGUAUAAUCGUCUCUGGUCGACUCGUGCAGACGGAUUUCCAACAGAUCGGGGAAAAUCAAUUUUUAAUAACAGUACCUGAUGCGGAUAAUAUAAAUCAUAUAGUACUGUUCCUCACGGGUACAAUACCAUUUCCCGAUGGAACAGGCGGAGCAGUAUACUUCAGUUGGCCCGAUCCCACUGCGCCGCCGAACUGGCAGUUCCUUGGUUACAUCUCGAAUGCGAAGCCGUCUGCUAUAUUCAAGAUAUCGACGUUGAAGAAGAAUCACGAGUUCGAAAACAGUAACUUGGGGAUCUUCGGCGUAGGGAAGAUAUCCCAUGUGGCGCAGAUCGGAGUAUCCGUGGAUCCGAUCGCAGCGAUCGAGCAACAAGCAGCCACCCUGGCAGCGACCAAUACAAACUCGUUUUUAGAGUUCGUGCAGAAGAUGCUGACUAGUUUCUUAAACUACGUGUCGAGUUUCUCCGUGACUCAGGCGCAAAUGACGCCGAAUCCAACGGAGAACUUCGUACCACUGUCUACGAUUCAAGGAUGGUACGAGACGUUCGAGAGGAGAUUGCAACAGAAUCCGAACUUUUGGAAAGCAUGAUGAGAAACUUCCAGGACAGUUCGUUUCCAUUUUCACACAACGAUGCGAUACCUUUUGCCAGCGUGCUCGAUAUGAGACGAAACGUUUCGCAUCGUCCAGAUACAGACAUUUCGUAUUGUCAUUGAAACGUAUGAUAAUAAAAGGCACUGUCUUUUUAAAUGCAAAGUGUUUAGCUUAAAUACUUAAUCGCAUUCUCGUACUCGUACGCUCCCUGAAUUUGUUUCGCGGAGAAGUGGGUCGGUUCUUUCAAUAUGAUUCAUUUCGUUUCGAAGAACUGUGUAUUCGCGGUGUGUCGCGUACGUAGUAAAUCACGGUAGAACGAGUGGGAAUUGGAGAAACGACAGUAAAUACGGAUACAAGUUACGCGUGUCCAGUGCCUUUCCUUCCGUUCUCAUUCGUUUUACGUUCAUAUUAUAUAAUAUAAAACAUGUGAAACGAAUAAUGGAUACUAAAGCUAACUUUCAUUUCAUCGAUUGAAUUCAAACAUUUGUAUAAGGCCGAUCAUACAGUUGUAGUGUGCAAAGCGAGACGAAAUUCUGUAAAGGGAGUAACUAAAUUGAAAUGGCCAUGCUGAACCUUCUAACUCAAUGAAGGGAAAGUUAAACUUUAUUAUAAUGUAUGUUUGUACGCAAAUAAAAACUUUUUUUGAUGUAUA